UUCUAUGGUAGCGCGGUAGUUCAGUUCGGACUAACAGUCCGCGUGUUACCACGAAUCGUUGAACAGGUGCCGCGUUUUAUGCAUCUUCCUUGAUACAUAAAUGCAUCAUAAAUCAUAAUUAUUAACGCGAAUUCAACUAAAUAAUUACAUAAAUUUUUUUUUCAAACAAUGUUUCUCCUUCAAUUUAACUCGGUGAAGUUACCCGACGAUAUACAUAUGUAUUUGUGAAUUAUAUACGAAAUAUUAAAAAGAUUAAAACUAAGAGAGAAGUAAAGGGGAAUCGAGAAAAGAACGAAAAAGAAAAAAAAAGAGACAAAAAGAAAAGGACGAUUAGGCGUGUUACUCCGAUCGUUGUAAAUAAAAAUCGGAAUCUAUGCAGAAGAAGACAUAGAAAGAGAUAUUCAAUGAUAUCAUUGGAUCAGCGUAGGUUGAUCUAUCAAAAAGGUGGCGGGGGUCGAUCCUAGAUUAUCGAAGGACGAGGAUAUUGAGGGAAGGUUCCGAGGAACCCGGCAAAUGUGGCUCUGUGCACGGUGAGCCGAGGUUACGGGGGCCGUGGGGCCCGUGGCGGGGGUGGUGUAGGUGGUACUGGUGUUGGUAAUAGUAGCAAUAGCGGGAGUGGUGGUGUCGGUGGUAGUGGUGGUGUAGGUGGUGGUGCAGGUGCUGGUGCAGGUGGUAGUGCAGGUGGCAUUGGUAGUGGCUUAGGAAGCAGCAAAAGUUGCGGUGCUCGAGAUAGUGGUCGAUUCGAAAGAUCGAGAGGAGAGGCAAGCGUGAGAUUGCCAUUAAGUCCCCGCACUUUGUGCGCUCCAGGGAGCGGGGCUGGCGGGGCUACUGGGGGAGGAGGAGCUGGCCCGCUCGUUGGGGCCCAGACGCAUGGCCACGCUCACCAGCAGACUGCCGGCGGGGGGCCAGGGACUGGUGGAGGUGGCACCCCCGGUACUACUGCCUCGCCCGAAGAAGUUCAGGCCCUUCAAGACGAACCAAUGCUACACGUUGACAGACCGUCUCAACAAGGAACUUGGAUUUGCUGUGUUCCGUGUUAUUGGCUUAGGAAAAGUAAAGCCGUGCACAAGGCCUUGCUUACCUUUGCCAUGUUACUCGUUACCAGUCUACUUGUCACUAGUCCUGUUCUCUUUCUUAUCACUACUCUACCCGAAGGAGAACAACCGCGCGAUUGCGCGCCAUUGGACGAGGCCUGUAUCAGAGAACGAGACGGUCCGGAUGGCAUUUGCGAAUCGAAGGCCUGCAUGGAAGCCUCCAAAAGGAUCUUGGCUUCAAUGAAAAGAGGCGUGGAUCCUUGCAAAGACUUUUAUCAGUUUGCCUGUGGUGGUUUUCGCGAUCAACAGCCUUAUCAACCAAGCUCGAGUUUCAAUAUGUUGCAGGCUCAAAUCGACGAACGUAUUCAUAAAAUGUUAUUAAACGAAACUGAUCGAAUGGUUGGUGUCUUCGAGAAGCUGGGUCAAUUCUACGUUAGUUGUCUCGGGUUCAAGGAGAAGCCUGUCAACUUUGCACCUGUUUACGAUCUUCUUCGAGAACUCGGUGGUUAUUUACCACCGAAGAGUGUCGUUCCAGUUGAUAUAACUCCAUUGGUCUCGGCUCUUCUUCGAGUGAACGGUGCACCCCUCUUUGAUUUGUACGUAGACGUCGAUCUUUACGAUCAUUCUAGAUCCUCCGUUUUUCUGGAUCUCCCCACCAAGUAUCAAGAAGAUGCCAUCUUUAUGGAAAAUCUGGAAGAUAUACCAAAAUGGCUUAAGACUGUGUCGAUGUAUGAGAGAAGAAGAAAAAGAUCGGUUCACGAAGAAAGUCAAGCGUACAUGAUGAUAAAGAAUAAGAGAGAGGAACGAAGAUCGCGCAGACUUCAAAAGAUCGUCGAAGGAAUGCUGCCGAAGACGAUGAGUCCAAAAGAACGUUCCUCCGAGACGGAUUUAUUGUUGCAAUUUUGUUUGUCACUCAGUAAGAUUUAUCCGAAGCACAAGGACCUGUACAAUUGGGUGGACGUCGAUCAAAGAGUUUACGUUCCUUUCAACAUGACUUAUCUUCAGGAAAGUUUUGGUUAUAUAAGGUGGGGGACGCUGUUGAAUGCCACGUUAGGCGCUGCCACUGCCGAUUUAUUUAAUCGCAACAAAACGCUAGAUCGUGAUCGACGAUUUAAUACCGACGAUCAAAUGAUCUACGUUUACGUUACCGCUCCCCGUUACUUUCGUAGCCUUGGAAAAUUACUCAACAGAUUUUCGAGACGGAUUAUACAUAAUGGAUUGUUGCUGCUUUACGCUGCUGAUACCUUGCACGAUAUCGUCAACGUGACUGCUAGUAAGGAUUGGGACAAUUCCUGUUACAAGUUAACAAAGAACAUUUUUGGAGAGAUUGUUGGAGCUCUAUACGUUCAGCAAUACAGUUUACAAUAUUUGGAGACUUUAGCGAAUAGAGUUAGUGGAUUAUUCGAAAGAGUUAAGGAAACUGUCGCAGAACGAAUUUUAGUAAAGCCUUGGCUCGAUGAAGAAACGAGAACGCAAGCAUUGCUUAAGCUUAGAACAUUGCAAGGAAGAUUUCACGUGUGGCCUGGUUUUCAUAACGAUACAUUAUUGGCUCGUGAUAUGGCUGAGGUUCUGAUCGAUCCUGACAACUUUUUCUCUAUGGUACUUCAUAGGUUCAAACAAAUUCGUACCGUAGAUGACAAGGUUUUACGAAGAAACGUCACCGCAAAAUGUCGUCAUCCUUACACAGUGAAUGCUUAUUACGAAUCAUCGACGAAUACGAUCGGAAUUCCUUUGGCCAUGAUGACUUCCUGGGCAUGGUCUUGGGACGGUGGACCAGCUUAUGCUGCUCAUGCUACACUUGGAUCGGUAAUCGCCCAUGAAAUACUUCAUGCCUUCGAUCUCCAUCGUCGUCGCUUGCCUCUCGAUCCUGAUCUAAACGUCGAUCAAUGGCUAUGGAUCACUACGGAAUCUUGGAAACGACUCGAGGCUAGGAUCGAAUGCGUCGCUAAGCUUUAUGCCAGAAGUUUUUGGCGUAAAGUUCAGUUUUAUGGAAACGAUGUUGCUGUUCAGUUUGAUUGGAAUGUAACGAGGAAUGAGAAUGUUGCCGAUAUUGGGGCCUUGCAAAUUUCUCAUAAAACUUGGCAUACUUUAACCAACGGAAAAGAUCGAAGUCUUCCUGGUUUGGAAGGUCUUCGACCAAGCCAACUUUUUUUCAUAAGCGCCGCCCAGACUUAUUGUUCUAACAUGACUGCCGAGGCCUAUAUCCUCUCCGUUGAACUUGAUUAUCAUACUCCUCAACCCGAAAGGGUCAACGGUAUAAUGAUGAAUUCAUAUGCGUUUGCGGAAGCAUUUCGCUGUCCGAUCGGAGCUAAAAUGAAUCCGGUGAGUAAGUGCACCACUUGGUGACAAUCGGGCAAAGGUAAUGAUAAUUAUGGACGCCAUGAUAAUUAUGAGAUUACGUCAGCGGUAUGGACUCGGCUCAACGAAGCACGCCUUUUUUCAAGAGAUUUGGUAUAACACAAAUAAAUAAAAAUAAAAAUAUAAAAAAAUAAAAAAAGGAAAAGAAACGCAAGAAAAAAAGAAAAAAAGAAAACAAAAGCUUUUGAAGGAAGAAGCUUUUUCGGCAAAGUAGUUUGUAUUUUUUUUUUUAUAGACUCUUGAGAAUCGUCGAAAUGUUCCUGCGUCGAAAUCCAUCGAUUCGGCGCAAUAAUUCCAUUAGGAGACAUCAUCGACGAAAUUCUUAAGAUCGUGAAACGAUCGAGACAAUGAGAAUUGAUAUGCUUGUUUAGUAAAUUACAAAUGGCGUUACGUUGUGUCGUAUUAAGGGUGUUUAAAAUGCCAUCGAUGUUAUCUCUCCAUUUACGGCGCUUUAGGAUUUUAAGUUAUGAGGCUACGAUCGCAUACACGAGCGUUUGAUACAAUGCAUGUUACACGUCACAUUUUUUCCACCGAACUAUUUAAUAAAAUCUUUCUUUGACACUUUUACGAAAUGCCAUUUAUCACAUAUACUUGGAAAAAAAAGAAUGUGCUUGCGAUGUGAUCAGCGUUACCGUGAGAAAUCCAUCGCUAGGGAUAACAAGACGUCACAUUAUCCUUCACUGCCACUCUAUGCUACGUUACUUGUAUCAUGGAACUUUAUGGGGCUUUAUGAUAAGUCGUCACGUUUUUAAUCUAACAUAAUUUUAAUAACUACUUAUUGCUACUACUUUUCCCCAGUAGUAUCCAAUUCUUUCUCUUUUUCUCAAUCUGGUAAUGUUGAAUAUAACUCAAUGUUUAAUAUCGAUUUGAUAACACAGCAAAAUCAUAGGCCUAUAUUUUUUGAAUGAUACUCUAACUAAAGGAAAAACAAAAUGUCCCAAUUCUAUUAAUGAACCAAUAUUGAUUCUUAAAAGCAACUUUUUCAACAGCUUGUAUAUUUUGGCGAGAAAUUUAUAAAGAAAAAUAUUUAAAGUUACAACUAUAUUGAAUACAGGGUGUGAAAAACACAUUAAACAUUCAUUCGGUCAAGAUCCCACUUCAGUGGAAAAAAAGUGACGUGUAAAACGCAACGUAUUAAACACCUAUGUAAUUAUAGCCUAAUAGUGAAAGCAAUCAAAUUAUUUGAUGAUGAAAGAGAUAUGAAAUAAAAAGAGAAAGAGAAGAAAAAUAGAAAUAUAUAUGUACAAAAAGGACAGUGUGUGUGUGUGUGCAUGCGUGCGUGUGUGUGUGUAUUGUUAACGCGCAAGAAAAGAUGAGAAAAUUAGAAGCUAAUUUUGUUCGUUCAGAUUGCAGUUUUGUAGGCACGUAAGAAUGAUGUUUCUACUUGGCCAUCGACAAAUUCUAUUAGAGCAUAUUCUAAGCUAUAUUUGUAUAAUUGAGAAAAUAGUUGCGUAAAACAAUGUUUUUCAAACUUUGUCUCUUAUAACUAUGCUAUGUAAGAAGUAUAUUUUACAUAAAUAUAUCCAAUAUAUAUAUACAAAUUAUAUACAAGAGAAAGUUUACUUCAAAUAUUAUGUUUUUGAAACAUAACAAAUCUAGUAAUCUUUGAUUGUUUUUAGAGUCUAAAAAGUUUAUAUUCAUUAACAAUAUACUUAACUAAAAGUUUAUUUUAUACUUAUGUAUAUAGAUAGUUUGAAAAACACUGACACAUUAAAAGCCAAGCAUCUUUGGUUGCGCAAAAAUAAAGCAAUUGCUAUAAAUUAAUUCUUGAGCGGUUGCGAAAGUGAUCGUAAAUCAUUAAAACCGUCAACAAGUUAUCCUUGGAUAUAAUUAUUUCAUAUUUAAUCAUAGAUUGAAGAAACUAGAUCUGUCAGGCAUGAUAUAUAUUAUAAGAUAACAAAUAAUUUAGUUCUUUUUCAGCACCGAUUGUCUUCGUUUUCAUUAGUCCACGAUCAAUUGUAAAUAAUAAUUACUGUGUAAAGUGUUAUUAUAAAAUAUCCAGUUCUUGGUUUGUAUGUUUAUUGUUGCUAAAAUAACAUUAUGCACGUAUUAUAAUGUAUCAUAAUAAUAAACCUAGAGGUGCACAAUCUUAAAUAAUCAUUAAAUAAUUGUGAAAUUUGAAAGAAGAUGAAAAUUAUUUAAUGUUUAAGUAUUCAUUCAACUAUAAUCUAUGAGUUUGGAAUGCCUAAAACUGUUUGAAUCUUUGGAAAGUAACAAACAAGAUUUUUUCAAAGAGAAUCUCUAUUACAGAUGAUCGAAAGUAUUUUCCAUUAUAAUACACGUAUCAUUCAUUUUCUAUCUAUUAUAUUUUAUACUUGCUUAUUUAUACGUAUCUAGCAAUAUAUAAUUCAUAGAACAAUUAAAAUUUUUCUUAAACCUGCGUAUUUCAAAAUAUACAUAAAAUUAUACUAUCGUACUUCAUAUACAUACAUAACUAUAUGCUAAGAAAAACUGCAAGAUUAAAUUUCGUAACAGCAAUAUUUCUUGAAUACUUUGUGGGUGCAUAGAUAAAUCAAAAUAAAUAAAAAUUGUGCACUUUAUCAAAGCAAAGAAUAGAAUUCAAUAAUAAGAUAUUACACGCCAUAUUGUUAAAAUACUUAAUCGAUUCUAUGAAAGAUAGUGUACCUCUACGUUCAUGAAUAAUCAAUUGAUUUGAAUCAUCGCUCUUGUAAAAUUGCUCUUGCUUUUUUCACAAAAUCUUGUUCUUGACUCGUUAGAUUAUGCCAACGUUUUCCGAACUUAACUUUAAAAUAAGGAAAUCUGAAAUUUGAUUUUAAUUUCUAUACAUGUUUUUACGUUACUCAAAUUUAAAAAAAAAGCUUCAGUACUUCUCAUCCGAUAAAUUCAUUUUUCGUGAUAUACGACUGAAAAGAUUAUAUAUUGAUUAAUGAAUAUUUUUUAAGAAUAUUUUUGUUUCCAGUCAGUUUGGGAAACGUUGAAUUCUACGAUUGCUAACACAAUGAAGAGAUUUGUUUAGAUUCUGGUCGGUAAGAGAACAUGAGAGUCUUUCGAGAAUGAGCAAAAUAUUCCUUCAAUACUUUUUCUGCCAUGUAUUAAAAUUAUCAUAGACAUGAAGAAGAAGCAAAGCGUGUAUUAUUAUCUUCAAAUAACCGUGUCUUUGCGACUUUUUGGCGCUUUGACGCAAGAAUCGCGAUCUGUGAUAUUCUUAAGCAUUCCUUAAACAAAUACGACGGUCCGAUAGUCGUGCGACGAAUUCAGGAAUGAAUUUCAACAAAAAAAAGAAAAAGUAAAUAAAAUUUAUUGAAAAGAAAUAAAGUAUAUAAAUAUAUAUACAUAGGAGACACAUUAGUAUUUCGAUCGUCUUUAAUCGUAAGUUAGUAGAAUUAGUUUUCGUGCACGGGAUUCGGCCCACUUCAAACCCUAAUAUUCAAAUCGAAAGCAUGUUUUCGCAUUACUGAAACACCGUUGUAAAGAUAAAUGGCUGAUAACUCAUAAUGCAAAUAAAUAUGAUUUAUAUAUUA